AUGUCGCUUGAUCAUAGAAAUGUCCAAAUAAAGUACCAUGAUAAACCCAAUGAUUUGCCGAUUGAUUUACGCGUGCCUUUGCAAGUGGAAACAGUAAACGAUCUCAAGUGUUUACUAAAGGCAAGUUACCUGUUCAAUCCGCGCACCCAGUAUAAGUGUGUUUACAUUUAUCCGAAAGAUCCAAUGGUCGACACCAAAGCAUUAGGUCUGAGUGAAGAAUUGGAUCGAAAUAUCACUAAAUUGUGUGAAGAGAUGUCGGCUCUGAAGGCAAGCAAUGAGUCCGAAGUGAAGGCAUUGAAAGCACAGCUCAAGUCAUCCAACGAUACAAUGAAGACAAUGGUUGAGAAGAUUGAGAUUUUGGACCACAGGUUAUUGACUUCUGAUAAGAGGUGUACAGUCAAUGAUUUUUCAUCGAAGUCUUCGCCGAUCGGAUCCCACAAUCAAUUGACCACUAAUUCAGACAAAAUCAGAGAUGAGAUCAAUAUUCAGGAAAUGUUGACUGAAAUCAAGAAUCAAAACAAAAUAACAUUUAAUUUUAUGAGAGGUUUGAUAAGAGAUAAGGAAAACAAAGACAUGAGAGUAUUGGCUGAAGACACGGAUGACAGCGAAUUCGUUGCAAGUGUUGGCAAAAACUUUGGUUUCAAAUGAUUUUUUGCC